AUGAUCUUGAAAUUGCUAACAAUUAUUGUAUUGCUCGGAACGCAUGCAAAUUGCAAACUGCAGACGAUUACUGUGAAAGGACAAUUGGCAUGCAAUAAUAAAUCCAUUGCAAAUGUCAACGUUGAACUACGAGAAGCUGAUACUUUGGAUCCUGAUGACACACUGUUUUCCAUACAUUCUGACCGGCAAGGCCUAUUUGAAGUAAGCGGAGAAGAAGAUGAAGUAGGUAGUAUCGAACCUUACUUGCGUAUCACUCAUAACUGCGACAGUGGCGUCAUCAACCCAAAAUGUACAGUUGUCGAUGAUUAUAUGAUUCCCAAAGAAUAUAUCAAUGAUAUCUAUGAUAUGGGCAUUGUCAGCUUGAACAUAGCUCAAGAAGGAAGGACGAAACACUGUGUUUAA